AUGGGCAGCGCACGUCCGGGGACCCGGGACGACCUCGAAUUCAGCGGGAAUGCGCAAAUUAGACAAAGCAACCGACCAUACCCACUAUUUUACGGCAUCACCAUCAUUUACCUGGAACUAUCGACUUCCAAGACUGCGGCCAUCGGAACUCGAGCCGCGACCAAUGGAGAGCGGUCAGUGGUCAGCGGUCAGAAUGCCAACCGUACAGUUGCUGGCCUUACUUUGGAGUGUGACUUGAGCAAGCUUGAUCAUGCUAUGAUGUCGCGCCUUCCUCAUCCAGCUUUACUCGAGACAAGCUGCGCCGUUGGCAACCAUGCAAUCAGAAGAGUCCAUGCACGGAAGAUUCCAUCCAGACAAGGCUCCCCCUUCGCAGCCGAGCCAGGGAAAGCGAAGCGAGAACCGCAGCUGCCAAUUCCCGGCGUCAUGGUCCACGCCGUGGUCCAACCGUCUCACUUUAGGGUGUGCCGUCAUUUCAGCACUUGCAAACCUGGAGAACGUUUUUGCAAGGCUUCCACCCCAAGCGGUGGCAACAACGGCCCGCUAAGAACACCGACCCAAGCUCUCGAGGACCAUGCAAGGCAACCUGUCGGAUUGAACAAAGUUGAUCGUUUUCCUCAAGCAGAGAAUGACGAGCCGUAA